AUGGGAGCCGUGCAGACGCCCCUGACGAACGGGUCAGGACUCCUGCCGUACGACCUCCCGUACGACUCCCUGCCUGACAAGCGUCGUGUCUGGCACGCCAAGCCGGGUUCGCGGGAGGAAGGCCUCGGACGCCUCGCCCUUCUCACACCAGACGUGGUCGCGGAAGCGGCAAAGACCUGCAUCAAGACUGGCAUCCGGGUCUCCCUGAACUGGGACCUGACGAAGCUUGACAUUGCCAAUUUCAACCGCGCCCCGGCGCAGCACCACAUCACGUCUCUCCUUGGCGGCGCUGGAUUCGACGACGUGUACAUCUUCAAUCCCCAGCAAUCGUCACAAUGGGACGGCUUGCGACACUUUUCCGCGCCGUUUCCCACGCCUGGUAACCCCUCUCAAAGGCUGUUCUAUGGCGGCACCACUGCGUCGGAAAUAUCGGAUCGUUCAAAUUUGAGACUGGGAAUCCAACAUUGGGCAAAAGAAGGCAUUUGCGGCAGAGGUGUGCUGCUGGAUUAUGUUGCGUACGCCAACAAGCACUCCAUCAGCUACAGCGCCUUGUCGAACCACGCAAUUCCAUUCCAGACUUUGAGGCGUAUCGCGGAGGACCAGGGAGUCGAAUUCCGUCGCGGAGACAUCCUAUUUGUGAGAAUCGGUCUCACUCGAGAGUGGGACACUCAAAUGAGUUCAGCAGACAAGCAAGCAUACGCCCAAAGCCCGAGUCCCGAGCAUGCUGGCGUUGAAGGCACCGAGGAGAUGCUGCGCUGGAUCUGGGACGAGGGGUUUGCAGCGGUGGCUGGCGACGCCGUCUCCUUCGAAGUGUAUCCUCCCCAAAAGUCGUACGCUCGAGCGGAUGGGGCUGAAGUACAGGGCCUCUUCAUGCAUGAAUACCUCAUCGCCGGCUGGGGUCUGCCCGUCGGGGAGCUUUUCGACCUCGAAGAGUUAAGUCUAACUUGCCAGCAGCUCGGCAGAUGGGAGUUUUUCGUCACAAGUGCCCCUCUAAAUAUGCCUGGAGGGGUCAGCAGCCCACCGAAUUGCCUGGCGAUCUUCUGA